AUGUCAAGUUUUCAUAAUAGUCAUAAUAGUGAAGUAUAAUCACCUAGAAUCAAACCUAAACUAACUGAUGAUUAGAAAUUUCAUCUCAUUAACUAAUUUUUUGUUAAAAGACUAAAAUUUCCAACACUCUCUAAUGGAAUAAUUGAUGAAGCUAUAAGUUAAGAUUUUAUGCCAUUUGAUGAUAAAGAUAAAAUUUUAAGAGAUCCAAAUAAACUUUCAAUUUUCUUUUUAAAACUUGAUCCACAAUCUCCUCGUACAAAAGAAGCUUUAAAUUAAUUAGAAUUAGGUGAGAAUGCAUGUCAUAUAUUUACUUUUUAGCAAUUUCAAAUGCCAGAACUUCAUCCUAUUCAAAAUUUAAUAAAUUAUAUGAACUACCUUAGUGAAAAGUAUAAAGAAUUGUUAAGAAUUGUGAGUACAAGAAAUUUGAUUAAAAAACAUGAAAAAGAAUUGUAAUCUAAAAACAAACUAAACAAAUCACAUACUUAAUAAAAUACUUCAAGUAUCAGUCUCCAUAUCAUCUAUCAGGUUUCCUCACUGAUGGCGGUGCUAUUGUUAUACCAACAAAGUUGACCACUAUUAUGUCAAAAUCAUUUAAUACACGUUCUUUUGAUUUUUUAUAAACAUCCUUUGAAGAGAAAUUAGAAAUGUAAGCCAAAAAAAGUUAAGGAUAUUUAUAAACUCUUACUAGACAUAAAUAAUUGGAGGAAGAAAAACUUAAAUCUUUACAUGAUUAUUAUCAACAAAAAGUUCCUAUAAUGGCUAAGAAAGUAGAAACAGUUAAGUAAAUGAAUAAAAUGUAAUUAAUCAAUAAAUUGCCAUAGUAAAUAAUAAGAACGAAAGAAAAUCUUUUAAGAUCGUUAGAAGAAAACACUUGAAAAAAUUCAUGAAUUAGAAAUCAAAGAUAGAGAAUAAAGAAUUAAAAUUUAAGAAUAUCUCAAUAAGAAAUAAGAAAUUACAUUAUAAAAUAAAGUUUAGUUUGAUUCUUAACAUAAUUAAGAAUAAAGAGAACAAUAAGAAAGAAAUUAAAGGAAGGAAGAAGAGAGAAAAGAAAAGAAAAAACUUGCUGCAUAUAUGGAAGAUUAAUAAAUUGAAUUGAUUAUGGAAAAAUAAAUAGAAAAAGAAUAUAUUGCAGAAUAAUUACUAUUAAAAUUAAAAGAAGAAAUGAAUUAAAAGAGAUAGCUUAGUAUUUAGAAAUAAGAAUAAGCAUAAUAAAAAGUAAUAUAAACACAGAUUGAAUAUUAAUAAAAUAAGCUUGAAUAAUAUAUUAAAUUUGCUGAUUUAAGUAAUAAAAUGGUAGAAGAAUAAAUGUCAAUCAAAAAUGAAUAAUUAGGAUUAGUAAAAACUAAAUUAGCUACAUAAUUUAAAAGAGUAAGGAAAAACAAAGAAAAAUUAAAUCAUCUUUUAGAGAAAAAGAUAGAAUCUAUCAAGAAAAAAGAAAAUGACAAAAGUAUUAUUAAUUUUAAAUAUAAUUAGAUAUUUCAGGUAGAUUAUAAUCAAUAUAAUCUAGUAUAGAUAUUAAAAUAAAAGAAUAAAGUGAAAAAAAUAAAAUGCGAUUGUAAAGAGCCUUAAAUAAUACAAGAGCAUUUGCUGAAGAAAGAGAAGUAAAUAUUUAAACGAUUAAUAGAGAGAAUAAUAAAGAAUAAUUGAUAAAUUGAUUGAAGAAAAUCAAAAAUAAAGAUAUCUUAAAAAUCAGAAGGAAUAAUACAGUUAAGCCAUUUUAAAAUAACAUUUACUCUAAAGAUAAAGUGUUGAUAAAAUAGUAUUUUAAUGA